AUGCAAAUAGACCGUCGAAAGGCGGCCACAAUGCGCGAGCGUCGUCGUCUACGCAAAGUGAACGAGGCCUUCGAAACGCUCAAACGCCGUACCUGCGGCUGCAGUAGCACAACCGGCGUCGGUAGCAGUUUCGGCAGCGCCGGCAGCGGCGGCGCAAGUGGCGCUGGCGGUGGCAACGGUAGCACGGCGAGUCAACGGAUGCCGAAAGUGGAGAUUCUGCGAAAUGCAAUUGAGUACAUCGAGAGCCUCGAGGAGCUUCUGCUCUUGCACGGCCUCCUGCCCUCGGGCGGUCUCCCACCUCCGCCCGGCGGCCAUCUGCCCGUCUCGGUGUCAGCCCCGCUGGCAACCAAGUUUCCCGCCCUUUUGACGACCGCCAGCUUCACCGACUCCAGACCGCGGACAUCGGACACGCCUACCAACGGGACUCGAGCCCGAGUCCGCGCUCGGGGCCCCGGCUCCGGCGCAGGCCUCGAGGCCACCACCAACGCCAGAGCCCAGCCGCGUCCAUCCGUCUACGUCGGCCCUGCCGGAGCCCGGCUUCUGCCAGUACCCGGCGGCCCUCAGACCGGUCGCUUCUGCCCGCCUCAGCCCGAGCCCUCGCAACCACCACCGCCACUUUGUCCCCGGCCAAGAGCCGCCGACGCCAAUUACCCACAUCUUUCCGCAGAUCCCGAGGACGUGAUCACCUUCAACUCAUGUCUCUCGCAACCCGCAGCCUUGACGACCUACUCGCCGGGCCGGCUUGUCGCCGUAGCGGCUGCUGCUGCCGCCGCUGCUGCAGCCGCCGCCGCCGCGUCAACGAGCACUGUCACCACCGCUGCCACUUCAGACUGUACCACUUCUGUCGCCUAUUUGACUCCAAGCUCGAACUCACGCUUCGGUUCGGGAACUGACCAACUGGCGGCCGUCUCGACUGCCACCCCAACGUCGCUGACAAUCACCGCCGCCACUACUUCCAUAAUCACUCCCAUCACCAACUCGUCGACAGCCGAGUCCGCCAAAAGGGUCGUCCCCCUCUCGGACAUGCCACACUUUUCCAACCAGCUCCGAAUGAACUCGAAAGUCCCACUCACCGAGUCCUCCUCCUCUUCCUCUUCCUCCUCUUCUUCUUCUUCCUCCUCUUUUUCCUCCUCCCCUGGCCCCAACAACACAGGCACUCUUUCGCCCCCACUUCACUCCACUCACCCAACCUCAUUCUCCUACCUCUCGUACUUACUGCCCGCCUCGGCCACUCCCGUCGCCUCCACCUGCCCAUUCUCCCCACAGGCCUUCUUCACUCAGACCGAUAGCUCUGACCCCAGGCAACCCGCGCCCUGCACAAGUGCCCUGCAGGCCACUGCUGCAUCCGACUCGCCACUGUUGCCCGUCGGCCCGAUGAUGCCCAUCUCGUCGACAGGCCCAUCUGCCUCACUCCCAGCCCUCUCGACCGCCGCCUAUUCGGGCCAAUUUGUCCAGCUCGCCUCUCCCGUCGCCAAGCAUGCCGUCUACGGUUUGUCAGAAGCGAUCCGACCAGGUGGCCUCGACUUGUGCACAGCCUGA